AUGUGUAUGAAGGCUCCUAACAUGAUUCUUACAUUGCUUAUUCCUGGACCAAAACAACCAGGGAAUGAUAUAGACAUAAAUUUGCAGCCAUUGAUUGAUGAGUUAAAAACAUUGUGGGAUAUAGGCGUUGAGACUUAUGAUGCAUAUAAGAAGGAAACAUUUAAGCUACGUGCAUGCUUGUUAUGGACCAUUAAUGAUUUUCUGGCAUAUGGGAAUCUCUCAGGUUGGAGUACGAAAGGUGCUUUGGCUUGUCCAUGUUGCAACAAGUAUACAGUUUCACAUUGGCUAAAAUAUGGAAGAAAGCACUGUUACUUGGGCCAUCGUCGAUUUCUUCCUCCUGAUCACAAAUUUCGUACUGAUAGAAGAAGUUUUGAUGGUCAUGAGGAACAUAGAGUGCAACCAAAGACACUUUCUGGUUUUGAUGUGUUGGAACAGCUGUGGGGUGCUCAGUUUCCCCCAUUUGGGAAGGAUAAUAUUGACAAGGAUGGGGGAAGAGAAAAGGGGGGUAUGAAAGACAAGACGAAUGAUCACGUGAAUGCACGUCUAGAUUUAAAAGAUAUGAAAAUCCGUGUUGAUCUUCAUCCAAAAAUUAUUGAAGGUAGGGAUAAAGUCAUUUUAUCUCCAGCAUACUACACAUUGUCCAAUGAGGACAAGGAGGUGUUUUGCACAAUAUUAAGUGGUGUGAAGGUUCCAGACGGCUAUGCUAGUAAUAUCUCACGUAAUGUGCAAGUCAAGGAGAGGAUAAUAUCAGGAAUGAAGAGCCAUGAUUGUCAUAUUAUGAUGCAACAACUUCUUCCAGUUUCCUUUCGUAGUGUUUUGCCCAAGAAUGUUGGUAAAGUAUUGAUUGAGAUAUGUGAGUUCUUUCGAGAUUUAUGUAGUAAAGUUGGUUCAGAGGAGGAUUUCAAGAGGCUUAAUCAAAGUAUUGUUGUCUCAAUGUGUAACCUUGAAAGGUAUUUUCCACCUGGAUUUUUCGAUGUUAUGGUGCAUUUGAUAGUUCAUUUAGCUAGCGAGGCGAGCUUGGCUGGUCCUGUACAUUACCGUUGGAUGUAUCCAAUAGAAAGGUUCCUCAAUCAACUUAAAGACUAUGUUCGCAACAAUAGUCGGCCAGAGGGCUCGAUAGCUGAAGGAUAUAUUGCGAAAGAGUGUAUAAUAAUUUGUUCUAGAUACUUUGAAGGUGUUGAAAUGAGAUUUCAUAGUAAGGUGCAUGAGAUUAAUAGAAAAACUCAAAAUAGUGGGGUCCUAAUAACUGCAUUGACUAAUAGCUUUUCAAGUCAGAAGGACAAGCAUCCUAUUGAGGGACAUGUUACUUAUUAUGGUAUUCUGAAACAAGUGAUAGAAUUAGAAUACUCAGUGGAUCUUAAAGUAACAUUAUUUAAAUGUGAUUGGGCUCAUCCUGAGAGAGGAGUGGAGAAAGAUGAGCUCGGGUUUACACUUGUAAAUUUUAAUCACUUGAAAUAUAGUGGUCAAAAUGUGAAUGACGAGCCAUUUGUCAUUGCUUCACAAGUAGAGCAGGUGUUUUAUGUGUCAGAUCCUCGGAGGUCGGAUUGGCACGUUGCUGUGACUACCAAGAUUAGGGAUACAUAUGACUUGGAAGGUGAGGCAAAUGAUGUUCUGAAUCAUGCAUACACACAGACUACAAUACAACGUAGGCAAAAUAUGCAACUUUCAGAUCAUGAAGGUGACACAGAUUUUGUGUGGACUAGAUCAGAUAUAGAAGGGAUGAUAGUUCAGACCCCCAUUGAACUAAACAAUGAAAUUGCAAGUUCAGAUGAUGACAAUAUGUCCAAUUGA